AAAGCAAAGCUCUGUGGCACGGAACCCUACUGGUUGUGUAGUCGUUCCAAUCGCCAUAGCCAAGUUAAUCAGAGAGAAGCUCCCUGAUUGCCUCAUCGGAGCUCAAAUCUGACUUCCUAGGUUCUCGCCGGAAUCCCCCUUUCUCUUUCAUUUAUCCAUUUGUCAACCAUGGAGUUUUCUCAGGAUGAUUUUGAUCGCCUUCUUCUCUUUGAGCACGCUCGAAAAACCGCCGAAGCUAACUACGCCUCCAACCCGCUUGAUGCCGAUAAUUUGACCAAGUGGGGAGGGGCGUUGCUAGAGUUAUCUCAAUUUCAGAGUGUUUCUGAUUCGAAAAAUAUGAUCAAAGAAGCUGUUGUGAAGCUGGAGGAGGCUUUGGCUAUUAAUCCCGCGAAGCAUGAUGCUCUUUGGUGUCUUGGGAAUGCUCACACUUCACAUGCUUUUCUUACUCCCGACGGGGAUGAGGCCAAGAUCUAUUUUGAUAAAGCACACGAGUGUUUCCAGAAUGCCCUAGAUGAGGAUCCUAGUAAUGAACUAUAUCGCAAGUCCCUUGAAGUCAAUGCAAAGGCACCCGAGUUUCAUUCAGAGAUCCACAAGCAUGGUAUCGGUCAACAGAGUGCAGGGCCUUCAGGUGGGGGAGCUACUGCUGCUUCAAACCCAAAGAAUAACCAGAGUUCCAACAAGAAGAAGAGCAGCGAUCUAAAGUAUGACAUAUUCGGAUGGAUCAUCCUUGCUGUUGGAAUUGUUGCAUGGGUUGGAAUGACAAAAUCCAACAUUCCACCUCCUCCUUCGAGGUGAGACUUUUAGAUUCUGGACCUGCAAAUCUGCUCUUCUGAAAAGUCUAUUUGCUGGAAUGCCCCUCAUGGCAGUGUCCAAAAGGAUACAAUGAAAAAGAAUCAUUACAUUGUGAUGAAGAAUCUAGAAUCCUGCCUCCCUACUGGUAUUUUUUAACUCACAAGUGCUUCUCAUAUCUAUUGUGCUAGGUUAGCUUUGAGAUCAUUUUUGUUAAGUAAAACUCAAAUAUGCUUUAGCAUAGCAGUUUUUUUUUAUUAAAGAUAGAAAAUAUUUGAACUUGUAGUUGGUUGAGUAAUAUUACUAUGUCGGUUCGUUCAAUUUUAGCCUUUUGCUUUCCGGUA